CGCCGCCGACACCCAGCCCUUUUCCCCCACCAGUAGGACUACAUUUCCCGUCACCCCCCGCGGCAGCAGGACUCCCAGCGUGACGUCAGGCAGCAGGCCCCGCCCGGUGUGGGCCGCUCUGUAGCUGCAGCGCUAGCCUCCUCCAGUCCCAUGUUACUUCCUGCUGCUGCCCUGGGGAUCCGCAGGCGUGGGGGGCCCCCAGCGUUGCUGCCACAGUCCCGGAGCCGGCGCAUCACUGGAGAGCAGUCCCGACCUUCGUACACCGCCCUGUGACACCCCUGCUGCUGCUGGCUAUGGGGCUCCCUCCUCCGCCUCCACAAAAGUUAUUUCCCCGGGAUCUGUGCAGCCCGAGGGCCUGUCCCUGAGCCGUCGCCCCCUGGUAACCCCGGCAGCCCGGUGCCCCCCUCUGCCCAUGUACUAGGCAGCAGCCAGAGAGUAGCCAGCAGGAUGAGGGAACCACAGUCUAUGUGACACUGCUGCCUCCAUUCAUGCCCUGCCUCUGGCUGCCUUUUUAUACUAUAUGCACAUAUAUUUUUAUUGCAAUCAUUUCUGACAGUAAGAAUCCUGGAACAGUUCCAUCUACUUAUCUCAGGAGACCCUCUCUCCCAAUAUAGAUCCAGAUUUUUGGAGUCUACUCCAUACAUUUUCUAUAGAAUUCCUGCAGCCGUUGCGCCAGCUCAUGAGAAUAAACUGGACCCAUAGAACCCACAUUUCAUGCCCCCUGCGGCUGGCAUUACCCGGGAUAUAACGCUAUUCCCAAUGAGCAUCGCCCCGUAUGGUGAAUGACUCGCCCAACAAGCGUCUAAAUCCGGGAAAUAAUGGAGCUAGAGAAUAUAGUGGCCAACACCGUCCUGCUGAAAGCCAGGGAAGGUGGAGGUGGCAAACGGAAAGGGAGGAGUAAAAAAUGGAAAGAAAUCCUAAAAUUUCCUCACAUCAGCCAGUGCGAAGAGCUGCGGAGGCAGAUUGAUCGGGACUACACUAGUCUCUGCGAGAAGCAGCCAAUCGGACGCCUCCUUUUCCGCCAGUUCUGUGAAACGAGGGACCAUCUUUUUAGAUGCAUCCUCCUCCUGGACGCAGUAACAAAUUAUGAAGUGGCCUCAGAUGAGAAGAGGAAAGAGACCGGAGAGGAGAUCAUUAAAAGGUUCUUUACCUCAACGUCUCCAGACUAUGUGCCAGAGAUUCCAGACUCUCAAAUGGAAGAAUGUAUAUUGAGCUUUGAAAAGAACCCUAGCAAGGAGGUCUUCAGCAAUUGUAUCAGCCUCCUCCAUGAGUUCCUGCGAGGGUCUCCUUUCAGGGAGUACCAGGAAAGUAUGUACUUUGACCGCUUCCUGCAGUGGAGAAGUCUGGAAAGGCUAGCAGUAACGAAGGACACUUUCAGACAAUACAGGGUGCUAGGGAAAGGAGGAUUCGGGGAGGUGUGUGCCUGCCAGGUCCGUUCUACGGGAAAGAUGUAUGCAUGUAAAAAACUAGAGAAGAAGAGGAUCAAGAAGAGGAAAGGGGAAGCUAUGGCUUUAAAUGAGAAGCAGAUCCUGGAAAAAGUGAACAGCCGUUUUGUGGUGAGCCUGGCGUAUGCGUACGAAACUAAGGACGCUCUGUGUCUGGUGCUUACCAUCAUGAACGGAGGAGACCUCAAGUUCCACAUCUACAGUAUGGGCAACCCUGGCUUUGAGGAGGAGCGUGUGGUCUUCUAUGCUGCUGAAAUCUGCUGCGGGCUGGAUCAUCUUCACCAGGAGGGCAUAGUGUACAGGGAUUUGAAACCAGAAAAUAUUCUCCUAGACGAUGAUGGUCAUAUCCGCAUCUCAGACUUGGGGUUGGCCAUCAAAAUUCCAGAUGGCGAGACUAUCCGAGGAAGAGUAGGAACUGUAGGAUAUAUGGCUCCAGAAGUGAUCAAAAAUGAGAGAUACACAUUUAGCCCUGACUGGUGGGGUCUUGGUUGUCUCAUAUAUGAAAUGAUUGAGGGACAGUCUCCGUUUCGUGCACGGAAGGAACGUGUGAAAAGGGAAGAGGUGGAAAAGCGAGUUCAGGAAGAACAAGAGUCAUACUCUGACAAAUUCCCGGAAGAUGCAAAAUCCAUUUGUAAGAUGCUAUUAGCCAAAGACCCUAAGCAGAGGCUGGGGUGCAGCGAGCAGGGCGCCAGCCAGGUGAAGCAGCAUCCGUUUCUCAGGGACAUCAACUUCAAGCGGCUGGAGGCUGGAAUCAUGAAGGCGUCAUUUGUGCCGGAUCCCCGGGCGGUAUACUGUAAGGAUGUGCUGGACAUUGAGCAGUUUUCAACGGUUAAAGGGGUCAAUUUGGAUAAAACGGACAAUGAUUUUUAUGUCAAAUUUGCCACAGGCUGUGUGCCAAUCCCUUGGCAGAAUGAGAUGAUUGAGACUGAAUGCUUCAAGGACCUUAAUGUCUUUGGACCAAAUGGGACCCGUUCUCCAGAUCUCGAUUGGAGGCAACUUCCUGAACCACCAAAACGUAGCCUGCUCCAGAGGAUCUUCCGAAGACAUCAGGCUGAUUAUGGGAUCACCCCAAAUGACUCCUCCCUUGUCAACACCACAAACCACCACUUCCAAAGCAAGACGGCAACAGCCAACGAAUCAUCUUGACGGAAUAUUCUAUGAACAGCCUCAGAAAGGCCUUGGUUUUAUCAAGAAACCGUCCAAGAACCCUUCUACAUCCCUCCCAUUUUCUCAGGUUUAGCCUUGAACUCUGUGCAAAACUUUUUACAGGAAAAAUAUAAAUAUAUAUAUAUAUUUUAGGUCUUCAAGACCAAAUGGACUCAUGGGAAAUGUAUAUUGCUGCGGGGAAUUACCUUCCGGCAGUCAUGUAUUUUAAACCUUUUUUUUUCUUUGUAAUUCUGAACAGUUCACUGCUGAAAACAUGUUUUAUGCUAAGUUCAUGGAAAUAUACAAGCUGUGUUUUUUGUCUCUU